AUGGCUGACCGUCAUACGUCUACUUGCCCACUCGUCAGUCUUCUUCUUGUCGUUGUUGUUGUCUUCAAUGCCGUUCCUGCCAUCUUCUUCGGGUUGUCAUCAAGUGAAAGUGAACCAGAGAGUAUUAACAUGGAGUCAACAGACAACAGCUCUCAGGUAUGCGACAUAAGGAAAGUGCAAUCAGACUUUCGGUUCCAGUUUAUAGAACACGACUUCUUGCUAUCGUCUGCUUGCCAAAGUUACCUUCCAUGGAUAAACCAUUUUCAACUCAGAAACCAGCAGAAAGAGAACAGUUUCAGUAGAAUCAUCGCUGUUGACGAAGGAUGCAAAUUGCAAAAGACAGAAAUGGACUUGACGCGUCUGCUUGGUCUAACGAGUCUUAUCAGUAGAAGAUGUCUAGACUACGGUCUUCCUUUCAUUUGUAGCUACUUCUACAGACCGUUGGUAAAUGGCACGCUGUGCAACGAGCAUUGGCCAACAAGAGACCAAUGUACUGCAGUCAAGACAGUUUACUGCCAAUCAGAAUGGAAAAUCCUAGAAAGUCUGCAGCAGUCAUCUGACUUCUGUAUCCCACUUCCUGAUUGCAGACAUUUGCAAGGUCAAGAUCAAAGUGAACCCAAAAGAAAGAUAGAUAGUUGCAACCUGCUUCGAUUUACUAAAUCAAAUGACGAAUGCUUGAGAGCCCUGGCAACUAUAAAGAUUUCAAGAGAGACUGAGUUGUCAUCAACCAGAUUUAGUGCCGGCAGUUUCUUGGCAACUCUUGAUACUUCGCCUGGGUGCCUGCAAUCAAAAAUAAAGAACAUCAAAAAGACGAUUACGGAAUCAUCAAAUAAUCGUCAUUUGUCACAUCUUACCUCCCUGUCUGUACAAGGUCAAGCGGCUCGAUUCAAGGACGUGGAAGCUGAGCACUUUGCCUUGUCCCUAAAAUCUCUACCCGAUGACUUGUUCAAAUGGGCAAUAAAUGGGCUCCAGGACACCCUCCCAUCAGCAACCAACUUACAGUUGUGGAAGAAAAUUUCGUGCAAUCAAUGUCCUCUCUGUCACCAACCCCAAUCGCUGUGCCACGUGCUAAAUGCAUGUCCCAGUCUACUUGAUCGAGGUUUGUACAAACAGAGACACGACAAUACGCUGAGACUAUUUGUGGACUUUCUAAAACGUCAUCUUAGUCAACAGUUUUCCAUAGUAGCCGACCUACCAGAAUCAGUAUACAAUUUUCCUGUCGAUAUAACCUGUACCUGCCUUCGUCCAGACAUUGUUGUUUGGAAUGCCGUCCUCAAAAAGGCCUGGAUGCUUGAGCUGUCGGUCCCAUUCGAAACAGUCGUGGAAGAAACGAAGGCCCGGAAAGAACGCCGCUAUGCUCAACUUGUCAAAGAUGCUAACCAUCAGUAUAAGACGGAGCUUUUGCAUCUCUUGGUUGGGUCGAGAGGAUUGAUUUUUCCUGAAACUCGACGAGCAGUCUGCAUGUUGUGCAAGCCUCUUCAACGCGACUUGGACGAUCUGUUUCAAGCUGUCAUUCAUUCCACCCUGAAAGACUCUUUUCGAUGCUGGUUGGCAAGAAGAGACAACAUCUCUUAACUUAAAAGUGUUUUUUUGUUGUUGUAAUUUCUGCUUUUAAUCAUUUGUGAUGUAUAGUCUUCGACUGGACCUCUACAUAGCACUCCAGAACUCUACUUCUGUUAUAGUGCUACCAGUCCUGUAGACGCUUAUUGUACUGUAUCGUUCGGUAUAUUACAAUAAAGGACCUUCCAUAGAUAGAUAGAUAGAUAGAUAGAUUUUAUUGAAUAAUUUCUUUCUCUAGCACAAAAGACUAAUGAAAACUGCUGUCUAUUCUAAUGAACGUAAGACUGAACGUCUGUGAAAGCAAGGUCAAGCGAAGAAAAAGCAUAAAUUAGUCUUUCCAGCUUCCUUAGAAUAACUUUAGCAUUGCCUUUCUGAAGUGCAACGCUAAUCCGGCGUCUAGACACUGACAUAAAAUCCUUUUUGUUGUAUUGACCAUAUUCAUCCUUGGAGCGAUCCCCUAGGGACUUGAGGAAGUUAAUGGCUUCCUUGCCCCAUCUCCCAAAAUGUUCAUGUACCAAGGGGAUGACAUCUGGACGUUGUCCUCCUGGAUGGUGAAAUUGCUUGUACUUCUCUUUCUUGUGUUGUUCUCGAACAAGGGAGGCAUGGCCAGUCACUUUAGCACUAGAGCUAACCACCUCCUUGUUGUAGG